CAUUUCAGCUUCUAUCAGCCAAAUCAAGAUGCUUUAUCAACAAUUCACUAAAACGCACUUAUUUAAGCAAUUUUUCAAAGAUUUCUACUUUAACGGCAAUUCUCUAACGAUAUUCAAACGUAGAGGAGUCCAGAAAUGGUCUAAAUCGCUGACUGUCGCAGGCGAGGAAGAAAAUUCAAGGAAAACUAAUUCAAAUCCAGGUUCAGUUUCCAGAAGUGUGUCUUCCUAUAUCAGUCCUAGUGGUGCUAGCUUUAAUUUUGAUACCCAUAAACUCGUAUUAACAUUGGAACAGAAUGGUUUCACAAAGCAGCAGGCAGAAACCUUGACAACUUGUUUGAUUGAAAUUGUGGGUUCUUGUGUUACGAGUAUUGGUAGUAAUUAUGGUUCAAAACUUGAUCAGGAAAGACUACAAAUGAAAGUACAAUCAUCAGUUGAUGAAAUUAGAAAUGAAAUGCUCAUUCUAGAAAAGAGUAAAUUUUCCCAAAUCCAGGAGGAAAAUUUAAGACUAAGAGAAAAAGUCACUGCGAUGGCAAAUCAUUUAGAGGACGAAGUAAGCAAGUUAAAAUCUGGAGUAAAGUUGGACAUGAGCUUAGAAAAGAGUCAAACAAGAGAAGAGCUAGCAUUUCGUGACCAGAAAAUAAAAGACAAUGGAAACAAAAUAGAAACUGAGAUUGCCAAACUAGGAACCCAAUUAGAAGCACAAAAGUUGGAUCUCAUUAAAUACUUAGUUGGAAGUUUACUUUCCUUAUCUACGGUAACCCUUGCGAUCUGGAGGUUCCUCAAAACCUAAUGGAAGGAAGUCUAAAGCAUAUUAACAUUACAUAUUAAAUAAAGUUUGUAAUAUUGUUAUGUACAUGCACUUGAGAGGCAGAUUUAGGGCCCCGUCCACACUAUGCCGGAUAAAUUUGAAUCAGAAUUUUUAUUUAUUUGGUUCCAUUUCGAAAAUUCGUUUUCGGUGAAGAAUUGUACCGGAUUCACCUGGACUAAUGUGGACAGUAGGUCUAACCGAAUAAAUAAAAAUUCGGAUUCAAAUUUAUCCGGCAUAGUGUGGAUGGGGCCUAGGGAAUAAGGGAUUUACCCAAACCCCCUGAAUCAAGAUCGACCUCUUAUAUGAAAACUACUAACCUUUUACAUCAUCUUGAUUUUGUUUGCCAGUUUGAACCUUCCCUGUGAAAAUUUGUUCAUGGAUUCGUCCCCCUAAUUUGUCAGACUUCCUCUUUGCCACUAGAGCUGUUCAACUGAAUUUUCUUGAUAAUGAAUUAUUAUGUAACAAGGUUAUCCCUCUAUUGCUGGGUUAAUUUUCACUUGACAUCAUCUUCUGUCUCAUGCAGAAUGAUCAUCAGCUGAAUUACAAGUUUUCAAUAGAUUUUUUUCUGGUUGACAGCACAUGGUGGUCAGCAUUUAUAAUAAUAGUUUAUUUAUCCACAUAACACCUAGGAGCAUUUCACAUACUCGUUUAAAAUACGCAUGUUUGACCACCAUUUAGAGCAGAUAAUGAGAUUCAAAGACUUUUAUCAACUGAUCUUGAUAACCAGCAAUUAAAUAAAUAAUAUUUAAAGAAAUUAAACAUCGUUAUUUCACGAGGGUAAGACUCAGUAACCAAUUGCUUUCAAGUCUAUUCCACUUUUCCAUGAUUGAAUUGGAAUUUAGAAGUUGAAAAGCAUUGUGGGCUUGAGAAGUUAUAAGUCUGGCAAAUGAAAUCCCAGAUUUUGGCAUAAACAGCAACAAACAUAUAAUUCACCUUUUGCUCAAAGUAGGGGGUGUUUUCUAAUUAAAUAUGUAUACAAGAACAAGUUUUUAAAUGUACCCAAGUUUAAAACUUAAGGAUAUAUAUUCCUGCGACUAUUAAAUAUAAAGUGUGAUAAUAGUAUAAGGCAUCAAAUGUUGGCCCUUUUAAUACCAUCUUUGCCUUACCUCUCCCUCCAAUCCUAGCAUGAGAAUGACUGAAAGAGCAGCGAUGGCAUUGUCUUUUUGUUGGCCUCAUUAUCGUUAAUAAUAAUGUGCACAUGUACUUCUAUUAUGCUAGAUAAGAAACACGUUAAAUAUAAAUGACAUAAAGGAAAGUACAAUAAAAGUAUGUUAAAUUAGUUAACUACUGUUAAUUGCUAAAAA